AUGAAAAUACAGUUGAUGUGGUCGAACACGGCGCCAUUAAUAGUGGUGAUGAUGAUGGUGAUGGUGAUGGUGGUCGUCACGGAAAACGUUACGUAUGAUGGAAGGUCAUUGAUAAUAGAUGGCCAAAAGAAAAUGUUAUUUUCUGGUUCUAUUCAUUAUCCAAGAAGCACUCCCGAUAUGUGGCCAUCUUUAAUAUCGAAAGCUAAACAAGGUGGAAUAGAUGUGAUUGAGACUUAUGUAUUUUGGAACCUUCAUGAACCCCAACCUGGACAGUAUGAUUUUAGUGGAAGACGUGACAUAGUAGCAUUUAUAAAGCAAAUUCAAGCACAAGGUCUCUAUGCUUGUCUUCGUAUUGGACCCUAUAUUGAGGCUGAAUGGACUUAUGGGGGCUUCCCAUUUUGGUUACAUGAUGUCCCUGGCAUUGUUUAUCGAUCUGAUAACGAACCGUUUAAGUUUUAUAUGCAAAACUUUACAACAAAGAUAGUGAACUUGAUGAAGUCAGAAGGGUUAUAUGCGUCACAAGGAGGUCCAAUUAUACUCUCACAGAUAGAGAACGAAUAUCAAAAUAAAGAGAAAUCAUUCGGAGAAAAAGGACCCCCUUAUGUUCUUUGGGCAGCAAAAAUGGCUGUGGAACUUGAGACUGGUGUACCUUGGAUCAUGUGUAAACAAGAUGAUGCUCCUGAUCCUAUUAUUAACACAUGCAAUGGAAGGACUUGUGGAGAAACAUUUAAAGGGCCUAAUUCACCAAAUAAGCCUUCAAUUUGGACAGAAAAUUGGACUAGCUUCUAUCAAGUGUAUGGGGAAAAUGCAAAAUACAGAUCAGCAGAAGAAAUGGCCUAUCAGGUUGCUCUAUUUAUUGCUAGGAAGAAUGGGACCUACAUAAACUAUUACAUGUAUCACGGAGGCACAAAUUUUGGUAGAAGUGCUGCAGAAUUUAUGAUUACAAGUUAUUAUGAUCAGGCCCCACUUGACGAGUAUGGUCUAAUCAGUCAACCAAAAUGGGGUCAUUUUAAGGAAUUACAUGCAGCAGUAAAGCUAUGCUCUGAGAACAUACUUUCUACUUUUCCCACAAUGCAUUCUUUAGGUCCACUACAGGAGGCUUAUGUAUACGGUGGAGAUUCAGAAACUAAAUGCUCAGCAUUACUGGUGAACACAGAUCGUAGUUACAGAAAUAUAACAGUACAAUUCCGGAAUUUGACAUAUCAAUUACCUCCAAAAUCUAUAAGCAUAUUGCCUGACUGCAUAACUGUUGUCUUCAAUACAGCUAAGGUGAGUACACAAUUCAAUACGAGAACUCCGACUACAGUAUUCAAGUUUGAUAGAGCUGAGAAAUGGGAACAAUUCCAUGAGAUAAUUCCGCGAUUUGAUGCAACAACAGUUAGAUCACAAACAUUGUUGGAGCAAACAAAUACUACAAAAGAUGUCUCUGAUUAUCUUUGGUACACUGCUAGUUUGGAGCAGGAAUCAGAGGAGCAGCAAGUUAAACUAAGUGUGAAGUCAUUAGGACAUGUUUUACAUGCUUUUGUCAAUGGACAUCUUGUGGGUUAUGGUCAUGGACAAUUUAGAAAAACAUCAUUUUUAGUAGAAAGCACGAUUUCUCUAAAUAAAGGGAAAAACGAAAUCUCAUUUCUUAGUGCAACAGUUGGUUUACCGAAUUCAGGGGCAUUUCUUGAGCGUAGGUCUCUAGGUGUACAUUCAGUUAUGCUUCAAAACGACAAUCGAGGCCUCAAAAACUUCACUGAUUUUUCAUGGGGUUAUCAGGUUGGAUUGUUGGGGGAAAAGUUACAAAUUUACUCAUCAGAACGUACAAAGAGUGCUAAUUGGAGCAGAUUAGACUCUUCUAAACAACAACUUACAUGGUACAAGUCCAUUUUCGAUGCACCAAAAGGCGAUGAUCCUGUUACCCUAAAUCUUGGAUCCAUGGGGAAAGGUGAAGCUUGGGUUAAUGGCCAAAGUAUUGGAAGAUUUUGGCUCUCCUUUCACACACCUCAAGGCGUUCCUUCACAAACUUGGUACAAUGUUCCAAGAUCAUUUCUCAAACCUAAAGACAAUGUAUUGGUGUUAUUUGAGGAGGAAAUAGGCAAUCCUCUUGGCAUCACCAUUGACACAAUUUCAAUCACCAAAGUAUGCGCGCAUGUCACAAAUUCGAAUCCACCACUAGUAAACUCUUGGAGGAAACAUGGUAGAAGACCUAAAGUGCAACUUGGUUGUCCUCCAAGAAUAAAAAUUUCCAAGAUUUUGUUUGCAAGCUUUGGAAAUCCAAUUGGUGAUUGUGAUGAUUAUGAUAUUGGACUAUGUCACUCCUCUAACUCUAAAGCCAUUGUGGAAAAGGCUUGUUUAGGGAAGAGCAAAUGUACCAUUGCUCAUUCAAGUAAGAAGUUUGGUGGUGAUCCAUGUCCUGGAAUUUCUAAGUCUUUGUUGGUUGAUGUUCAAUGUAAAUGAAACCAUCAUGAUAUAUAUGCUUUGUUCAUUAACAAUGGAAUAUUUAAAAAAAUU